CCUGAGUCUAGCGCGCGGCUGGCCGACGCUGCUGUCCGCCCGGCCGGCUCAUCGCAGCCUGGGUGUGACCGCGGCGGACGUUGGGACACCUUGGCUGCCGCUCCCAACAGCAGGCGACACCAUGGCGCUCGGCGCCGCGCUGGCCGAGCGCGCGCGUGCCGGCGACACGCUACUGCUGCACGGAGGGUACGGUGCGGGCAAGACGUGCCUGGCACGCGGCUUUAUCCGUCGGUGGCUGGGCGACGAGGACGCCUCGCUCCACGUCGCCUCGCCCAGCUACCUGAUUGACAACACUUACCCCGACGAGGAGGGCGGCGCGCUGCAGCCAGGCGUCACCGUGCACCACAUGGACCUGUGGAGGCUGCCUGAGGGCAAGGUGGGGCAGCUCGUCGACCUGCCCGCCGUCUUCCGCGACUGCGUCUCACUCGUCGAGUGGCCGGAGCGGCUCUCGCCCACAGAGGCGCAGCUGAUGGCGGCGCCUCUCGAGGUGCACCUCCGGUUGGACGAGGAGGCCGCCGCGAGGAUGGCCGACCCGGAGGGGGCGGCCGCCGCGCUGGAGGACGGCGAGGACCUGCCGCGGUGGGCGCGGCUGGUCGCGCGGGGCGAGGCGUGGCAGGAGCGGCUGUCGGCGAUAAAGCUAGAGAGCGACUUUGCGGAGUGAAAGAGCAGCGCACGGUGGUGCGUGCGGAAGAUUUAUCAUUCAUAGGAUAGCCCAUGUAUGCC